CUCAAGUCAAGUCUUAUCGAUAACCGCGGCCGCAGUCGUAGCCGCAGCCGCCACUUUCGGCUCCGACCUCCGACCUCCGAUCUCAUCCCGAAGAUGAUUCUUUUUUGCAGUAGCGCAGCGCAGUGCAUUGGUGCAUUCAGACUGCCAGCGCAAAAUGUCGUUUGCCUUCGCGAUCAACUUCACCAGAAACUCGCCCACACCCGCUCACUAGUGCCGCCUCCGCACAAGUACGAGUAUCACACAACUCAUCUCAACACCAAUAUCAUGCUGUAAUACACACAAUACGCACAGCAUACCAUGCUCCAUUCAAUACGCGCCGGUCGAUCCAGUAGGCCAUUUGCGAGUUUUCUACGAUUAGCAAAGCAUCGCGCCCAUCGCCGUCAGGAGAACUUGAGACAGCAAGUGAGAUAUUCUUCCACCGAGCCCCUCGCUGCGGAAAAUGAAGGACAUGACAUUCCAGAGCUGUUUCCAAGUACAUCUUCCUUCUAAAUCUUUGGUAGCUCGAUUAAUGAUAAUUUGUAGACUCCAAAGCCAGAUUCAAUCAAAUAGGGGUACAACAAUUGAGUAGUCAUGUAUACUCCCAAAUCUUCAGAGGAGCCAGCGUGCCACCACCUCAAAAUCUCGUAGAACUUUCUAAAGACCAUUUACGACGACACGAGUUAUUGGGAAAGAAUACGGACAACAAUCCACCCAUAUCAUUUGAUCUUCCCGAACUACAAGGUCAAACUCUCGAUGAGCACUUUUACAAACUCGGAGUCGAUGCCGCAGAGCCAUAUCUUGCUCAAGCCAAACAGUUCACAAGAGCCAAUGCUCCUCCCAAGCCGCGAAAAUGGGUACGAAGGAGUGGUUGGACGAAAUACUAUGGGAAUGGGGAUUCGGAGCCAGUGGAUGCGCCUCAGGAGGAGAUGCUGUGUUUUGAUACCGAGGUGAUGUGGAAAGAAAGCUCAUUUGCUGUCAUGGCUUGUGCUGUUAGUCCGACGCAUUGGUAUGCUUGGCUGUCGCCAUGGCUAUUGGGGGAAACGGAAAAUGACCGACAAUUGAUACCUUUGGGAGACCCUACGAAGCACCGGAUUGUUGUGGGGCACAAUAUUGGUUAUGAUCGAGCGAGAAUUUCCGAGGAAUACGACUUGAUACAAUCAAAGAACAACUUCUUGGAUACCAUGUCUCUACAUGUAGCUGUGAAUGGGAUGUGCUCUCGCCAAAGGCCGACAUGGAUGAAGCAUAGGAAAAAUCGAGAACUGAGGGACAAGAUAGCAACCGAAACGGACAAUGUUGAGUUGGCGAGUUUGCUUGGAAAUAAGGCCUUGACGGAAGAGGAAGAGGAGUUGUGGGUAGGACGAAGUUCAAUUAAUUCGUUAAGAGACGUUGCGAAAUUCCAUCUGGACGUUACCAUCGAUAAAGCGCAAAGAGAAUAUUUUGGGGAACUGGACCGAGCAGGUGUCCGGGAAAAACUCGAUGAACUUCUGGAUUAUUGUGCCGCGGAUGUUGUCAUUACUCAUAGAGUCUACAAAAAGGUCUUCCCCAAUUUUCUGGGAACUUGCCCUCACCCCGUUAGUUUUGCUGCCUUGCGACAUCUCUCUUCCGUGAUCUUACCAGUGAACAAAUCAUGGGAAGCAUAUAUUGCAAAUGCCGAGGCAACAUAUCACAAGCUGUCUGAUACUGUCCAGGAGCGACUCGUUGAUUUAGCUGAAAAAGCAUUGGUCAUUAAAGAUGAUUCAGAACAAUGGAGCAACGAUCCAUGGCUGAAGCAGUUGGAUUGGUCAGGUCAAGAAAUCAAGAUGGCGAAGGGGAAGAGGAAGAAUGAUCCUCCUCGACCAGCUGCACGACAAAAGAUGCCUGGAUUGCCAAAGUGGUUCAAAGAUCUUUUCCCUAAGAAGGAUGGACCGAUUGCAUUGACAGUUAGAACCCGAGUUGCUGCUUUACUUUUACGUCUUUCAUGGGAUGGUAAGCCUCUUUUCUGGUCAGACAAGUAUGGUUGGACCUUCCGGGUCCCAAUUGAGGAAGCCCAUGUUUAUCAGCAGAAGCAGAUGCAAGAGUGUACCGCUUUUGAGGCAAAGGACAUGUUUUUGAGAGAUGAUAGAAGCGCCGCUUACUUUAAAGUACCCCACAAAGAUGGUCCAGCAGCACGAUGCGCCAACCCAAUGGCGAAGAGUUACCUGCCUUAUUUUGAGAAGGGAAUACUUUCGUCCGAGUUCCCGUAUGCCAAAGAGGCUCUGGAGAUGAAUGCGUCUUGUUCAUACUGGAUCAGUGCCAGAGAUAGAAUUAUGUCUCAGAUGGUCGUUUACAAGAGCGAUGGAGCGAAAGGUCCAGAAGAGGGAGCCGAGACCCCAGAAACUGGUUACAUCUUACCUCAAGUUAUCCCCAUGGGAACGGUCACACGGCGUGCAGUUGAAAAUACUUGGCUAACCGCAAGCAAUGCCAAGAAGAAUCGAGUUGGAUCCGAAUUAAAGUCAAUGGUUACAGCUCCUCCUGGCUAUUCUUUUGUUGGUGCAGAUGUCGAUUCUGAAGAACUUUGGAUUGCCAGUCUGAUGGGUGAUGCACAGUUUAAGCUUCAUGGUGGAAAUGCUGUUGGUUUCAUGACAUUGGAAGGAACCAAAGCUGCUGGUACCGAUUUACAUUCCCGAACGGCCGGCAUUCUUGGAAUUACAAGAAACGAUGCUAAAGUUUUUAAUUAUGGUCGCAUUUAUGGAGCCGGACUCAAAUUUGCUUCUACUCUUCUUCGCCAGUUUAACCCUAAUCUAUCGGAAGCAGAAACGACAAAGGUUGCCACAAAUCUGUACAAAGCAACCAAAGGUCAGAAAACAAAUCGAAAAACACUCCACAAAAAGGCCUUUUGGCGUGGAGGCACGGAAAGUUUUGUCUUCAACAAACUUGAAGAAUUUGCUGAACAAGAACGGCCUCGUACACCAGUCCUCGGAGCUGGCAUUACCGAAGCUCUCAUGGCACGAUUUGUCAGCGCUGGAGGCUUCAUGACUUCUCGGGUGAACUGGGCCAUCCAGUCGUCCGGCGUUGACUACCUCCAUCUGCUUAUAAUUAGCAUGGACUAUCUCAUACGACGCUUCAACAUCGACGCCCGUCUCGCCAUCACCGUACACGACGAAAUCCGCUACCUCACCCGCGAAGAAGAUAAAUACCGAACCGCAAUGGCCUUACAAGUUGCCAAUGUUUGGACGCGAGCCAUGUUCGCACAGCAAGUUGGGAUUAAUGACCUCCCGCAGUCUUGUGCGUACUUCUCGGCGGUGGAUAUCGACCACGUGCUUAGAAAGGAGGUGGAUAUGGAUUGUGUUACGCCUUCAAAUUUGGAGAAGAUUCCGCAUGGGGAGAGUUUGGAUAUGCCAACCCUUCUCACGAAAUCCUCUUCCUUCCUUGAUCCUUCUAUCGUCCCUAUCAAUCCCCCAAAUCUCUCACAUAUCGUCUACACUCCGCGCGUACCUGUUAUGCAGUCCCUGGAUUCAAAUACCGAUAUCCAUUUCCUCAAAGCACAGAUCACAGCCGAUGACCAAGAGCUUCGUGGGAUUCUAAAGACUCAGAGACAAGCUAUUGCAGGUGAUGCGCCGAAAAAAAAGGUCGCUAGUGAUAAGGCAGUGGGUACUGGAGCUGCGAGGAAAAGAAAUAUUGUCCCGUACCAGAGUCAGCCGGAGAUGAUACAGAUGGAGCAACCUAGUAUCGCGGAAUUACUGGGGAACAUGCAUUUCGAGCGCGAGCAAGGGUUCAAGAAGGGGUUUGAGAGCAAGAAAUGGGGUUGGGAUAAAGCGGGAAGUGGUGGUGGCAGACCGAGGGCUACUACAAGGUGGUAGACUACCUGAAGGGUGGUUUUGUUUCGUUUGUAAUCCCCACUUCUAGGGGGCGACUUGGCGGCAAAGGUGGGAUCGGGAUGGUGUUGGGGGAUCGAUGUAUGGUGCAUGUUUUAUGGAUACCUACUCUACUACUAACUUUUUUUCUUUUUCUGUCUGUUUUCAUUUUUUGGAGGUGGGCCUCAUUUAUAUAUCCGUCUCUUGGGAUGAGGGCGUCGGUAGCGUAGGGAAGGCGUUAGGGUUCGCUGGGAUUGUAAAGAGCAUGUAUGCAUGGUUACGAGCGACCUGAUUUCUAUGUUUCGCUUCUGUGUUUUGAGGGAAGAAAAUUCACUUUUUGGGUGCCUUGAUAAGGGAAAAGGGGGAGGAAGGAGAGGGAAGGGAAGGAGGAGGGAGCAUGUGUAUAAGCUACUGUACUGUACUUAUGAAAUGCAUAUUCCAGAGAAGAAAUAAAUCUGUAAAUUGUUAUUUAAACGUGGGG